AUGGAUAACGACAGUGAUCAAAACAAUCGUGACCGUUCUCGGCGAGGCGACCGGCGUAGUGGCGGCGGUUCGCGGUUUAGCAACGAUCGCGAUCGUAGCCGCGAUCGUGAGCGUAGCGACUGUCGAAGGAUCUAUGUCUCAAACGUUCCGUACGAGUACCGUUGGCAAGAUCUGAAGGAUCUUUUCCGCAAAGAGGUCGGUGAUGUUUCGUUCGUUGAAUUAUUCCACGAUGAAAACAACAAGCCACGGGGAUGCGGAAUUGUUGAGUUCGAAAAGCCGGAACACGUCCAAAUGGCAUUGGAAAAGAUGAAUCGCUACGAUAUCAACGGACGGAAUUUGGUUAUCAAGGAGGAUUAUGGUAACGAAAGGGACAAGUACGGUCGAGUGGUUCCAAAAUCAUUCCGAGGAAACGAAAACGACAACCGUCGUCGGGACCGUGAUGACGAUCGAAUGUCCGGACCAUCGCACGGUGGUAGCGGUGGUGGUGGUGGCGGCGGCGGCGGUGGCGGAGGCGGUGGUGGUGGCGGCGGUAUUGUCGGUGGAGGAGGAAGUGUGGGUGGUGGUGUGCUAGGUGGCGGCAAUCUCGGUGGCGUCAGUGUCGGUGGAGGUGGUAGUGAUUUUUCCCAGGACUACAAUACGUACGGUUUGAGCGUCAAGUUCUUGGAAGGUUUAGGCAUACAAGGGCCAUUGCAUACGAAGAUCUUCGUCGCGAAUCUUGACUACAAAGUCGAUGCCAAGAAGCUGAAGCAGGUGUUCAAGCUGGCAGGCAAAAUCCAGAGUCUCGAUUUGUCGGUCGAUAAGGAUGGCAACAGCCGUGGCUUUGCAGUCAUUGAGUACGAUCAUCCGGUCGAAGCCGUGCAGGCCAUUUCUAUGUUCGACCGGCAGAUGCUGUUCGACCGCCGGAUGACGGUCCGGCUGGACCGUCUGACGGAAAAGAGCGAAAUGAGCCGGCUGCCCGAGGGCCUCAAGGGGAUCGGCAUCGGACUCGGUCCGAACGGCGAACCGCUAAAGGACGUUGCGCGCAACCUUCCCUCGCUGCAGCAACAGAACACAGCCCUGCAAAGUGGCACCAUGUCGAAUGCCGCCCCGACGCCCGUGCAGCCUCCGCUGACCGCGAGCAACUUGCUGAACUCGGCCGCAACGAGCAACCUGUCCGGGCUGAACUCGAACCUUGCGGCCCAGCUCAGCAAUGUGGUCGGUUUGUCCAAUCUGACCGGAGGCUUGCAAAGUUCGUUGCUCUCCAACGCGGCCGCCGGUCUGUCGAAUCUGAGCGGUCUCGGAAGUCUGGGUGCGGCCGCCGCAGCGGCUGCCAGUGGCGUCGGUGCUGGCCUGGGCGGAGCUGGCGGUGGCCUUGGCGGUGGUCUUGGUAACAGCUUGUCCAGUGCCCUCAGUGGUCUCGGUGGUACGGGUAAUGAUGGCGGGCUAGGUUCUAGCUUUAACCAAAGCUACUCGUCCGGUUUCGGUAACGGUGGUUCCAAUCGAGGCAACGACUACGACAUGGGCUCGUCUAACGUGCGCAAUUAUAGCACGGCACCAAACGAUGACUACGGGCGCAACUACGGAGGCAUUAAUAAUGGCAACCGCAAAACCUCCGACACGAUCGUUAUCCGCAAUAUGCCUUCAUCGUGGACUUGGCAAACGCUGCGCGAUAAGUUCCGCGACGUUGGCGAGGUAAAGUUUGCCGAAAUUCGAGGACAGGACACUGGUGUCGUUCGUUUCGCCAAGGAGCGAGACGCCGAUGUUGCCAUCAAGCUUAUGGACGGGUCGCGAUUCGAAGGACGAACGGUGGAUGUGAAUUUCUUCUAAGUGCAGGCAACGUUUAUCUUCUUUUGUUCGUUUUACAGUUCUGUGACAUUUCCAUCUUACUUCAGCUUUUGUUGCGUUUUGACCACAAUGUUGCUCAGAUCGGUUAUUUUUGUUCGAAUCUUGUUGGAUUUUGGCAAAACAAUGACACGUAACAACAAAAAACAAGGGGAAGAUUCCAUUCACCAAACUUACAGUCGAUCGAUUUACUCCGUUUUUUGAGCAGAACAAUGUGUGGCAGAUUUUAUUCGAUUUAGCGUGCUCUUGAAAAUUACACACGAAUUGAUGAUUCAUGAUGGUACACGAUGUGCGAGUGUAGGAUAGUUGAUACUUUAUUUUUAUUUUGCAAGUAGAAACCAGUAGUUCCAUCGAUCUCUCUCUCUUUUCGCUACGCUGCGUCGAAUUCUGUUGCAAUCUGGCUUGAACUAUCCAAAAAUUCCACCCAAUUCCAGCAAUCGCGGUGAGGCGCACGUGCCCCCUAGUUACAAUUGACCUCGAUUCUGGUUCGGAAAUGAGUUCGGUUUCGCCUAAUGAUGUAGAUGGCGCAGGGUGGUUCGUGGUUCGAUUGGAUUUUCCUCUUAUUGCAUUCGUAUUCGCUCAGUAAACACACACACUCUUAGCCGUAGAGUAUGUAAGUACUUUGGCACCGUACCGCAAAAUAUGCUGCAACAUUGUUCGCAGAGAUCCGCUGUUUCACGACUGAACUGUCCAAUUGGGUCGUUAUUAGGAUCCUAUUAAUGUCGUAGCUUGCGGGAAGUACUUGGUAUUGUAGGCACAGGGAAACGGAAACGAAACAACAGGUCGUGAAUUUUAUUAUCGUGCACUUUUUCGUCAUGCCGGUCUAGCAAAACGAAAAAAAACGAGUCCCCAAAAGUGCGUAGUUUAUUCGUAAUAAUGGGUAAGCGGUAUAGUUAAAAGAACAUUAUUCUCACAUACACACAACCCAUGUGGUACAUUAAAACCGAUAGACAGCAAUCAUACUAGUGUCAUAUGUUUCAUUGUAGGAAACAUUUUAAACGCAUAUAAGUAAAUGGAAACGAACUCGCGCAGAAAAAUAAAUGACUUUCAGUUUUAACAAAGU